AUGUCGAGGUUGCUCAACAUCCGACCUGUCCAUAACAUCCUCGACACCGAGAGGUUGCGGACCCUUUAUGAUGAGAUCCAGACGGGGGUUCGGAGCCUCGAGGCAUUGGCCCUGUGUAACCUGAAUCGACCACCAGCAACAGGAAAGUCGGAAGAGAAGACUGUACUCACUGAGACAAUCGUACAGUCUUCGCUGCAAGUCGAAGGCACCAAGAAGAGAACCCGUGUCCUUCUGCAGACGGCUCAAGCGUGGGUUCAGGGUAGGGAGAAGCGAGCGAUGGUCAGGCUGAUGAUUGACGGUGGAAGUCAGCGUACCUUUGUCAAGAAAGAGGUUUCACACAAGAUGGGACUGCGUGUGAUGGGAGAGGAAACCCUGAAAAUAAUGACAUUUGGAAACGACAAGCCGUCUUCAGGAAUGAAGUGCCGCCGAGUGGAGUUAUGGCUGUGCAGUCGACACAACGAAAGAAAGAUCCGCGUUGAGGCGCUCGAGAUCCCACAAAUCUGCUGCGACAUCGUGCCAGCACCUGAAGCUUCCACCGUCAACUACCUCGAAGAGCAAGGCCUCGAACUCGCCGACAGUACGCAAGAUGGAGCAGAGAUAGGGCUGUUGCUGGGAUCCGAUUACUACUGGGAGGUCACAACCGGUGGUGUCAGGCGCCUGGACAGCGGUCUCGUAGUCGUGGAGACCAUUUUUGGCUGGACCCUGCAGGGGACAACGCACACCACAGAAUCAACAUCAACGUACGUGUCCACUGUGGGAGUGUUGCGCGUGGCUGUCAUCGGCGAGGAAGACCAAAACGACACUGAUGAUCAACUUAAAUCGUUUUGGCAGCUCGAGCACAUAGGAAUUGUCGACGAAGGAGAGGCCGACGUGGAAGACAACCAAGUUUUGCGAGAAUUUGGUGAGAACGUCUCCAGAGACAACUGCCGAUAUCAAGUUUCCCUUCCCUGGAAAGAGAAUGCUGGCGAUUUGGCAGACAACAAAGCCACGGCUUUCAGUAGGCUCAGGUCGUUGACGACCAAGGUUGUGAGCAACAAGCCACCCGAGUAA